AUGGGAAUAUCUAGUCCGAUCGAACCAUUAAGCGUACAUGAUCAUACAAUCGAACUUGAAAAAAAUUCCGUCCAGCUUUGGUGGACAGUCAACGAUGAAGAACAUCAAAUUCUUUUUGAAUUACAUGUAAAAACAACUGGAUGGAUUGCCCUAGGAAUUAGUUCAGCUGGAGGUAUGAAAGAUGCUGAUAUAGCUGUUAGUUGGGUCACAUCGUCUGGAAAAUCGUUCAUUGAAGAUAGAUUUGCAUUUGGUAAAACCAAACCUAUGAUUGAUAAUACAACACAGGAUUGGUUUCUCCUUGAUGCACAAGAAAAGAACGGAUGGACUGCCACACAAUUCAAACGUGCGUUCGAUUCAUGCGAUCCAAUGGAUGUUCCAAUAAAAUCUGGCACAAAUAUUUUGAUAUUUGCAUACGGUCUUGUUGAUCCUGAUAUUGAUAUAACCUAUCAUGAAGAACGACGCGGUACACGGAUAUUACC